UGCAACUCGUAAAAUGUUCUUAGAUUCGUUACAGAACGGUAGUAUUAAUACAAUCGGUAUAGUUUUGCUAAUAUUAUUUUAAUAAUAAUUUUAAAUAUUUCAAUAAUGCUAAUUGAAACCUCAACAAAUGAAAAGAAAAUGAAGUAAACUUUACAAAACAAUUGAGAAAAAGUUAUCAGUAAAUCAUCAGACGGAAGGAAUAAAUUUAAAAAAAAAAAAUUUAAAUGGAUUUGCGUAAUUUAUGUUCCAAAGUUGAUGUGGAUGCAAUACGAGCUAAAAUUCCACCUCUACCACAAAUGAAAUUACCAAAGUCAAUGUCAAAACUCAAGUCUCGUAAAAUUUUUCGCAGUUCACGGGAAGAUGUCAGCUCGGAUUCACGACGUUCCUCUUCAAAGCGCAUGCCAUCAAAUUCUGAAAAUAUACCUCCGUCAGGAUUUAUUAAUCGAACGCCAACUCGAAUCUCUACAAUAUCCUCGUUAAUGGACCAAACAGGUGGUGGCGGUGGAGGAGGUUCAAAAAAGUGGAAAUCACAAAAUGGUGACGAUUAUGAGAAUUCCUAUCGCAGUGCAGGUGGCAUAGACGACUAUCCUUCUCCAUUGGCUCAUAAUUUUGAGAUGCGUUCAUCACGUCCCAUAAGCCCAAUGAGGACAACAUCUUUUACACAGGAAUUCCAGGGACAAUCUGAACAAAAUGUUAAAAUGUCAUUUGGAGAAAAGUUGCAAAAGGGCUACAAGGAUGUUACGGAAUUCAAACUGAAACAUUUAUUUGCUAAACGGACUGUGGUCCAUACAGACAAAAUCGAAAUAACCGACUAUAUUCAGAGCUUCGACGAAGACCGCAGGCGGGAAGAAAGAGUGCAGCAAAAAAGAGAUAACGAAAUAGCCGAUAAUUACAAAUUUCAAUUUAAGAUUUCCAAACAAAAAUCUGAAGAAUCGUAUAUCGAUGAUAGUCCAGCAAGCUCUCCACAGCAAAGCAUUGAGCCAGAAAAGAAAAAUCCGAAAACAUUAAGCGAGCAAAGUGGUGAUGAAAGUGGUAUGGAAUCAUCGCCGCCAACUCGAAAACCCGGCAUUGCUUCAACCAGAUUUUCUAGAGUCCGUAAGACGCCUCUUAGCAUGUCAUUGGAGGAUGAUGGCGCUGAUGAUGACGACGACGAUGGUGACAUUGAGUUAGAUGUGGUAGAUGUGGAUGCACCAGUAAUAAAACCUAAUUCAAGUUCUCUUCGUGAUAGCAAAAAACACCAAUCUUCUCAAAAGUUUACCAAUUCACGACAAAGCUCUCGAAGGUCUACAAAUACAUUUUCUAGAGAUCGUCCUCCACCUCCCCCUUCGCGUACACCGCUUAACAUGUCGCUAGAGGAAGAAUUAGAUGACGAAGAAAACGACGAUGUUGGCACAGAUGACAACAUUGAAUUGGACGUGGAGGAAGUGGCCACACCUAAGAAAAUAAAACCCAAUACUAGUACACUGUACGAUAUAAAAAAACACAAAUCUCCUGAAAAGUCUACUGAUUUACAACAAAACCCUCGCAAGUCGAAGAGUAUUAGGGAGCGUGUGAGCCAUUUAACUAAUCAGAAAUCAGAAGGGGACGAAACCAAUGCAGUGUCAGAAAAGAAACGUAGAGCUCCUCUAAGUCCACAACAAUCUGAGGAAAAUGCUACUACAAAAUCCGAUAAGCCAUUUGACACUCUCAAACAGAAUUUCAAAAGAAUGCAAAAGUCUGUUAGACUACCACAACAAAUGUCAAUGCAUUCAGGAGCCGAAUCGGAAAAUGAAGAUGCCAAUUCGGAUAGCAAAGCGAAACUAUCGAAAAGCCAACAAUUUACAGAACGCCUUAAACGAUUCCGUUCCAUCGACAAUGUUAAUAAGAAUCCAGAAGACAAUGAGAACAACGAGUCUCCAAUGCAUAAAAUUACAAAUAAGUUACAGGAUUGGAGAAAGAGCUUUAGGAAAAAGGCCGAUCCACAUAACCCUGACAUUGACGAUGGGGAUGAAGCUACUUCUCCUCAGAAACAGGAAAAACCUGUCGGAUCUCUGAUGAAGAAACUAAAACAUAUAAGAUCACGUAAGCGCGACAGUAUUGAUGAUCCCGAUGAUGACGAGGAAGGUGGAGAAACAUAUAAGGAGAGUUUAGCAGCUAGAGCCAAGUUCCAGUUAGAGAAAGGUGUAGUAGUCGCUAGUCAAGUGCCUCAGAUAACUAUGAAAAAAAUAUCUGACACUAAAAAGUACUUUAAGAAGAAACAAGAAAAUGAAGGUAAAAACAAACCAGAUAAGCCGCAAUCUGAAGAGGAGGAUAUAGAGGUCGAUCAACAGAACACCAUCACCAAACCGGCAGUGAAAAGUAUUCCGAGACCUCCCCCACCUAUUCCUCGACCAUACUUCCAUAAUAGUUCUGAAGAAGAGGAUGACGAUGAUGAUAUUGAUAACCACAAAUUUAUUACAAAAUCUCUCGCCGAAUCUCAACUGAUUUCGGUGCCUACAGCCACAGCUGUUUGGACUACGAAACCCAUAUUAUCAGAUGAUUUGACAGAUUAUGAUGAAGAUUUGCCCAGAGUUCUUCUACAUCAGGAUAACUCUGAUGUUUUUGAAUCUACACUAAUUAUAGCUGUAACGCGUCCCAUAUCUCAUACGACGACAUCACCUAUUAUUACUGAAUUACCACCAGAUUCGCCAGAGCAAUCUACACCAGAUACGAAACCAGAUGAUUGGAUACCAAAUCAAGAUAUGGUAGCAACCUUUUUGGAAGUGACUCCACCUUCACAACGAAAACUUUCCAGGGACUCAACCAAUUCAAGAGGACACUCACGGAAACAUUCCAUCGACUCCAGUUCCGAUGACUCUUGGAUUAAAGAUAUACCCAAAGGUCCAUCAACUGCAGUUCUAAAUAGUGUACACGAAAACGAAGAUCCUUGGAAGAUUCAAAAAGGAAAUACAGACGAGAAUCUUUAUAAAACUAAGAGCAUUGACUUGUUCGAAAUGCAAAAGAAACAAGGCGGAGUUUUGUGUGCUUUUGAAGAUUUUGAUGAUGAAUUGAAAAAUACUCCUGUUGUUAAAAUAGAAAAUGAAAAUGAAAUACCUGUUGCUCAACUAGAAAAGAAAAAUGCUAAUGUUGUCACAAUAGACACGGAAAAUACUCCUGUUGUUGCCGUAGAAAAGGAGGAGCCUACAAAUUUAGAAAUUCUUCGAAAUAUUGAUAAUUACGAACGUGAAAGUAGUGAGGAAUUAGAAUAUCCAGACGAUGACAAUUCAUCUAGAGUUACGAAAAUAUCUGUACAUCCUCAAGAAUCUAAAAGUGAGGAAUUACAAAAUCCAAAUGAUGACAAUUCAUCAAGAUUUACGCAAAUAUCUGUACAUCCUCGAGAAACUAAGGAUGAAGAAUUAUAUAUUCAGGACAAUGGCAUUUCAUCUAAUGUUACGAAAAUGUCUACGCAUCCUCAACAGCAAAAUAGUGAGGAAUUAGAAAACCCUGACAAUGAGAAUUCAUCUAGACUUACGCAAAUAUCUGUGCAUACUCAGGAGCCUAAAACGUAUGAAGCUAUAAAACUGGAACCGGAAUUAAAGUCUAAGCCUUUCGGCAACAGCCGAGAAAGUCUUACAGGAAAUUUAGAUGAUAAAGAUGCUAUCGAUAGUGGUGAGGAAAGUGAUGACGACGAAGACUUCCAAGAUAGUGAAGACGAUCAAAUUGAAGUGGAUCGACCACCCUCAAAAACACCUUCACCACCACCAUCUAUAGCAUCAACACCACCACCUUUGCCCGAGAGAAAACCAUCAAUAAGCCAACUAAUUUCUAGCCAGUAUUCUAUAGAUCUUCCUUCUUUAGAUUGUCCGUCGCUACCUCCACCAACAAUGCCCACAACAAAGCCACCUUUGCCACCUAAGAGACCGACACCAACAACUUCACCACCACCACCACCAAAAAUACCAGAUCGCAAUCCUCCUACGACACGAAUCUCUAAACCAUUAGUAAAAACUGCUUCACUACGUCUUGCCUACAAUGAACAAGUAAAUCCGGAAGACGUUGGCAAAGUCAAUAAACUUAUAUCACGCUUCGAACCCGAAGGUAUUAAACAAAGACCCAAAAUUAUACCUCGAAAACCUUUAAUAACCUACGAAUCAGAUGAUUACAGCGAUGAAGAGGACUUAAUGCAAUUAUUGCCCAUAAAACAAAGGGAUAAAAUUAGAGAUAUGACACCAACCAAUCUUCCGAGAAUGCAGAAAUCAUUUUCCAUAGAUUCGGUCGAUAUUCCAAACAACAAUGACAUUUCCACAGCGAACCUAGAAAUUCACACAUCACUAUCACGCAAGGCCGCCUCACAACUUACACUGGAUAAUUGUGGAAAUACUACGACAAUCCCCAGCAUUUCCAUAUCUUCAAAUUGUCUAGAUGUCAAUUCGAAUUUCAGUCAACCAAGUUCUGUAUACGGUUCACCUUUAGCAUUUCCAUCGAGUGUUGUCGGAUCUACAGAAGUCACACCGUUAACAAAUCGAAAAGAUUCCGAACAUCUUGGUGCACGCAGAAAUCGUCGCAGCAUGGCACGGGACGAUGAACAUUUCUACUCUUUCGAUAGUGAUGAAGAAAACAGUUACUAUUCGAUAGGAUCAAACAGCAGUAAUCGUUAUGUUGUGGAUUUGUAAAAAUGAGCGGAAUUGUAAGGUUUAAUAGUGAACUAAAUAACUUUAUUGAUUUAUAUUUAAUCAAAGAAUGUUAAAUAUUAAAACUAUUUGAAACUGUAAAAUGUAGAGUUGUUAUCCUUUCUGAAUGUUUUCCCCAUAGUAUCAAGGGUAAAUACAAGACAAUUCUAAGAGAAAAGAAGUAAGAGAGCUAUAUUCGGCUGUGCCGAAUCUUAUAUACCCUUCACCAAAUUAUACUUCAAAAUACAGAUUUUAAAUAGUUUUAGGUAAACAAAAUUUAUUUUUUAUUCCAAAUUUGUGAUUUUUUGGUGAAAAAAAAAAUGGGGUUAAAAAUAUUAUUUUCCGAUUUUGACCCAUUGUACUAUGGUAUUAUAUACGUCGUUGCAAAAGUCUUUGAAAUAUCUAUCAUUAGAUAUCCAUAUUGUCUAUACUAAUGGCUUAGUAAUCCAGAUAUAGGUAAAAAUAGGUAAAAAAUCGAGGUUUUCCUCAUAUCUCAGCCAUUUGUGGACCGAUUUUGUUGUUUUCAAAUAUGAAUCUUCUCGAAAGCAUGUCUGACAGAAUUAUUGAAGAUUUGGAUCCCGAAGAUAUCUGGAGUCUUCAGAAAAUUGAUUUCAACAGACAGGCGGACAGACAGGGGAUAUGGCUUAAUCGCUAUCUAUAAGGAUCCAGAAUAUAUAUACUUUAUAGGGUCGGAAAAUUAUAUUGUGGUGAAGGGUAUAAUCACGAAGGUGAAGGGUAUAAUUACUAAUAUUUUAUAAGUGAAUAUCUACAAAGAUGAAUAGUUGAAAUGGACACAUUUUAAGAAGACUUAAAUAUGAAGACUUAUUCUAAAAAGAAUUCCAUAUAGAAUACAUUAAUAUUAGAAAUAUUUU